AUGGGAAUAAGUUUCUCCUCGUUAUUCCAGGAACUCUUCGGCAAGAAGGAGAUGCGUAUUCUUAUGGUCGGUCUUGAUGCCGCCGGUAAAACUACCAUCUUGUACAAGCUGAAGUUGGGUGAAAUUGUUACAACCAUCCCUACCAUAGGUUUCAAUGUUGAGACUGUGGAGUACAAGAACAUCUCAUUCACCGUUUGGGAUGUCGGAGGUCAGGACAAGAUUCGUCCUCUCUGGAGACAUUAUUUCCAAAACACUCAGGGCAUCAUCUUCGUUGUUGAUUCCAACGAUCGUGACCGUAUCUCCGAGGCUCGUGACGAACUUCAACGCAUGUUGAAUGAAGACGAACUCCGUGACGCAUUGUUGCUUGUAUUUGCUAACAAGCAGGAUCUUCCCAACGCUAUGAACGCAGCAGAGGUCACUGAUAAGCUUGGUCUUCACUCUCUCCGCAACAGACACUGGUACAUCCAAACUUCCCGCGCAACAAGUGGUAAUGGUCUUUAUGAAGGCUUGGAAUGGCUGUCAGAUAACUUGAAGAGAAAGAGCUAAGCGAGAAUAUGGUGAUGCUGAAAACGAAAUAAGAAGAAGAAGAAAAAGAUUAAACAAAAAAAAAUUGGGCUACAUAAAAUUGAAGGGACAAGAAAGGAAUGUUUUUCAUUUUCGCGCUCUCUUCUUUUUCUUCUUCUUCUUCUUCUUCUUCUUCUUCUUGUGAUUACUAUGUUCAAACAAAACCUCCAUACCCAAAUCUACCUAAAUACUACACAAAUACACAAACACAUAAAUACACAAAUUAACAUUUAUAUAUAUAAAUAUAAAUAAAUACCUUUAUAAAU